AUGUCGACCCUUAAGGAUGCUAUCGCAACGGAGAGUAGGCGGCAGAGCGUCCUCUUCGCUGACGAGUCUAAGAGGAAAGCUAGUAUCGCCCAACUGACUUCAAACAGCACGGGAGAGGUUCGCAAUCCUCUUGUGGGCAUCCCACGGGAGCAGCUGCUGCAGGACGUCGAGAUGUUUGCCAAUGAAAACCAACUCACCGACGUUCUACCCCUUCUCCGCAAGGCAGCGUUGGUUGCUCAGAGCCCCCAUGCCAUUGAACACAUUCCCGAGUUGGAUGAGACAGAGCGCCAGACCCUCCGCGAAGAAGUCACUCACCGCUGGAGGCACCCGAAAACCCUCUAUUUCACAAUCAUCCUGAACUCCAUCGCCGCAGCUAUACAAGGCUGGGACCAAACAGGCUCCAAUGGGGCCAACUUGACGUUUCCGGUCGCGUUCGGCAUCCCGGACUCUGGCCCCGUCUGCGAAGCCAAGGGCAACUGCGAGAGCAAUUCAUGGCUGAUUGGGUUCAUCAACUCUUGCCCGUAUAUUGCGAUCGCCUUCUUUGCUGGAUGGAUUUCUGAUCCUAUCAAUGAUCUGGUCGGCCGUCGUGGCACCAUUUUCAUUGGCGCCAUCUUUUCGCUGCUCUCCCCCAUCGGCUCAGCAUGCACUCAGCACUGGGGCCAGCUCGCGGCAACUCGUGUUCUCCUCGGAAUUGGUAUGGGCUUGAAGGAAGUCACUGUGCCCGUUUUCUCGGCAGAAAACUCGCCCACCAACAUUCGUGGAGGCCUCGUCAUGUCCUGGCAAGUCUGGACCGCCUUUGGCAUCUUCCUCGGCACUUGUGCAAACCUGGCCGUCAAAAACACCGGCCGCAUUGCCUGGAGAUUGCAGUUGGGUUCAGCCUUCAUCCCCGCCAUUCCCUUGGUGAUUGGGAUAUAUUUCUGCCCCGAGUCUCCUCGUUGGCUCAUGAAGAAAGGGAAGCACUUUAAGGCUUAUAAAGCGUUGCUCCGUCUCCGGAACACGCCUCUGCAAGCUGCUCGAGAUCUGUAUUAUAUCCACGCGCAGCUGGUCCAGGAGGACAUCCUUGUCGAGGAGUCAGGUGUCGCCGCCCGUGGUAAUUUCUUUACCCGAUUCAUCGAACUUUUCACCAUCCCUCGCAUCCGACGUGCCACGCAGGCAUCCGGCAUUGUCAUGAUUGCUCAGCAAAUGUGCGGGAUCAACAUCAUCUCCUUUUACUCGUCGACGGUCUUUGCAAAUGCAGGUGCUAGCGUGACCGGGGCUCUUCUCGCUUCAUGGGGGUUUGGCCUGGUCAACUUCGUCUUCGCCUGGCCUGCUGUAUGGACGAUCGACACUUUUGGAAGACGAGCCUUGUUGCUCUUCACAUUUCCCAAUAUGUGCUGGACUCUCCUGGCGGCAGGCUUUUGUUUCUGGAUCCCGUCGGGCAGUGAUGCCCACCUCGGCCUCAUUGCGUUCUUCAUCUUCCUGUUCGAUGCCUUUUACUCGCCCGGAGAAGGUCCGGUUCCGUUCACCUACUCUGCCGAGGUCUUCCCUCUAUCUCAUCGGGAGGUUGGCAUGUCAUGGGCGGUGGCGACCAACAACUUCUGGGCUUCGGUUCUUUCUCUCACUUUCCCACGGAUGCUUCAAGCAUUGACGCCUCAAGGUGCGUUCGGAUUCUACGCCGGUCUGAAUGCCAUUGCAUUCGUCAUGAUCUUCCUCUGGCUCCCAGAAACCAAGCAGCGGACUCUUGAAGAGUUGGACUACGUCUUUGCUGUGCCGACCCGGACCCAUAUGCAUUACCAGACCUCCCAGGUCGCGCCGUAUUGGUUUAAGACGACGGUGCUUCGGCGCAAGGGGCUCACUCCACCGCAACUGUACAAAUUCGAUUCCGAUGAGUACCCGGAAUCUCGUGAGCAGUCUGAAGAGAAGUCGGCGUAA